GAGGGCACUGUCCAGGUGUGACGUUGGAGGGCUUGGUGAAGCCCAAAGACUGGCAGGUUUCAGCUCUUUCAUAACCACGUGCGCGCGGCCUCUGGACUGUAGACGGCUUCUGUGACUCUUCGGCACGCUCGUGAGAACACCCGACGCAGGUCAUCAGGCACCUGCCACAUUCGUUGAGCGCUCCCAGGCGCGCCGAGGCUGAGAAUCUUAGCACUUGUCCAAGACCCAGCUCUCGUCCAAGACCAGCACGCUCAGCUUCCAACCUCUCCGCUUACACGACUGUGACAAACGCCCGGCGAGCCGUCUGCCAGCCUGCCGAAUACGAACCUCUGAACGUGACCGGCAACCGGCAUCUCCAGACGCGCAUUGCGUACAGCUUGAGCUUGCCGGCCGCAAGGCAGCCACGACCAGCGCGCGCUCAACACCAGCAUCAUGGCGAACACGCACAUCCGGCGCAAAGACACCACCAAGGGUCCGCCGCUGCGCAUCCUCUCGCUCGGCCAGAUGGCGGAGGCGUGCGGGGGGUACUCGAUGCUCAUCAUUCUGCAGGAGCUGAUGCACCGGACGUUCGUCGAGAGCGAGGGGCGGGCGCCGAAGCGACACGAAGUCCCGAAGCCGUGCGAGCACUUCGACCUGAUUGCCGGCACCGGCACCGGCGGGCUGAUUGCGAUCAUGCUGGGGCGGCUGCGGAUGGACGUCGAGACGUGCAAGGACGUAUACGUGCGCAUGACGCGCAAGGUCUUCGAGACGGACAAGACGUUCGCCGGCAUCCCGUACCGCUCGACGCUGUUCAAGGCGUCGAAGCUGGAGGAGGCCAUCAAGGAGUGCGUGCGCGAACACACCAUCUACGACGACGAGGGCAACGACAACCACGACGGACUCGCGUCCUCGGCCGACCUCAGCACCCCGAUGACGCCGGGCAGCGCACUGCAGCAGGGGCGCGUGAACCGGAGCGCCAGCAACGCCAGCAGAUACAGCCAGAUCGGCAUGGCGCCCGUCAACAUGCGCGUGGCCGCCAUGAAGUGGGGCAACCCGAAUGCCCUGCUGUACGACAACCGCGAGGAGCGCACGAAAACAGCAGUCACGGGCGUCUACAAAGGCACGAAGAAGGCCGGCACUGGCCAGAUCCUGCUGCGAUCCUACGACUCGCGCAAAGAACCCGCCGUAGCACCCAACGCGACCAUCUGGCAGGCGGGACGCGCAACAGCUGCGACCGCCCUCGCGUUCAAGCCGAUUCAGAUCGGCCAAUCCGUCUUCCUCGACGAAGGCUCUGGGAAAUACAACCCCUCGCCCAUGGUGCUGGACGAAGCCGUCUGCAAUGAAUGGCCCGGCCGCGACAUUGGCGUCUUCGUCAGCAUAGGCACCGGAAAGCGACCCGACGGAACGAACGCCCAGGAGCAUCUGUGGUGGGAGGGCUUCGUCUCGGGCGGCAUUGGCGACUUUGCCGAGGCGCGUCGCAGACUCAUCGCGAAGAUUGAGGGCUGCGAGAAGACACACAAAGAGAUGAAGGACCACCUCGCGAAGCGCCAGGUCAACCAGGAAAACUACUACCGCCUAAACGUCAACGUCGGUGUGGGCGAGUUCGGCAUGAACGAGUGGAAUGCCUUGUCCGAGAUCAGCACCAACACGCGCAUGUACCUGGCCGAGAAGAAUGUGCAGACCAUGACUCUUGACGCCUCCGCAAAGAUCGCCCGCAUCCACCGCGCAAAGCUGCGCUGGGAGCGUGCAGAGAAGGGCCACAACUCCAGCUCGUCCCUGCCAGCGGCCUCACCACCACCGACCAAGCCCCUGCCGACCAUCCCGGACCCCAUUGGCUUUGCAGUCGAGCUCCCAGCCGAAGAGCUCACUGCUGAGUACAUGUCGACAAUGUCCACGAUGACGCCCGACAUGCGCCCGGCUCCUCUCCAGCCCCACCGCCACCACUCCGACAACGACAAAUACCUCGUCGUCUCCUCGGACGAGUUCCCACAACCCGUGGGCAUCAACGACAUGCCCCCGCGGCACUCGGGCGAGCUCGUCUCGCCCGGCCGCACCUCGGACGAGCAAUUCUCCGCCGACCGCCCCCUCUCCUACGCCCCCUCGCCGCGCCUGAGUUUCGAGCCGCCGCCGCGCCCGCCCAAAACGCCCCUCAACGACGGCAAGAUCCCCCCGCCGCUGUCCGGCCACCCCGCGUUCCGCUCGCCCAUCUCGCCCGUCUACACGACGUCGCCGGGUCCGCCCGUCGGCCUGGGGUUUGCGCGCCCGCCGCCCGGCGCGCCGCUGCCGUACCCGGAUGACGAUGAGCCGCCGGCGGUGAACAAGGCGAGCAAGCCCGAGUAUAUGCGGUAGUACUGGCGGUGUCUGUGCACGGGGGAGUAAUGACGGUAAUGAAUUUUCUUGGUGUAUAUUUGCAUGGCGGACGCAUUGGGGGGAGAUGAGCGGGAUUGUACCUUUAGAUACCCUUUGAAUUGACGUUUCGAAUAUGAGGCGCCUGUAAAUUGACGUUCGAACAUGAGUCACCGAACGCGAGGUCAUUUGCAUUACUGUUGUCGAGCGUUGAGUGGAGAUCAACGUCUGGUUUGUCUCUAUCUUCUAUACCUCCUACAUACUCUACAUCUCCUACAUGUUCUACGAGGUCAUUUGCAUCACCGUAGUCAAGUGGUAAGUGGAGAUCAAACGUCUGUUUUGUCUACAUCCUACAUCCUCUACAUCCUCUACAUCCUCUACAUCCUCUACAUCCUCUACAUCCUCUACAUCCUCUACAUCCUCUACAUCCUCUACAUCCUCUACAUCCUCUACAUCCUCUACAUCCUCUACAUCCUCUACAUCCUCUAC